CCGGAAGGGAAGGCGGCUGAUCGGACAUCACGUGACCUAGCAGCAGCAGCAUAUUCUGGCGUCACGUCCGGAAACAAUUGGAAUAGGCGGAGUCUAAUGAAGAGUGGGCGACUAUUGGAGCAGCAUUUGUUGCCAAAACUAUCAAUGUUGGAGGCCGGAAUGUGACACUAGGGAUCUGGGAUACCGCAGGCUCAGAACGUUAUGAAGCUAUGAGUCGCAUUUAUUAUCGGGGAGCUAAAGCGGCCAUUGUCUGCUAUGCUGUCUGUUUCAGACAUGCUGGUCUUUUCCUGGAACGUGAAGGACCUUCGCUCACCGAACAAGAGAAUGCAAAUCCUGAGACACUUGAACAGGUUACACCCCGAUGUUGCCUUACUACAGGAGACCCAUCUUACAUCUGACGAUAUGCAACGCAUGAACAAUUUGUGGGUAGGCUCUGUACAUGGCUCGUCUGCAGUCGGAGGUAAGGCUGGCACCCUUAUACUCAUACAUAAACACUUCACUGGGAAGGUCAUCACACACGACGCGGAUCCGGAUGGACGCUGGGUGAGAGUACACUUACAACAUGAGGGUCAUGACUUUAGCUUAUACAGCUGUUACGCACCUAAUGGAGAUAACAAACCAUACUUCCUGGACUUAGAACAACGGUUGUUGACUGACAUGGUGACUAGUAAAAUAGUGGGAGGAGACAUGAAUGCGGUGGCCGUGACCCUGGAGGACCGAAGAGGUGGAUUGGUGGACAGGUCACAGACUAGGCCGAGUGAUAGGAACUUUGGAUCUUUCUUGACGUCCACGGGUCUCAAUGACCCCUGGAGGGUAACGCACCCAGACAGCAGAGACUUCAUGCAUUUCUCCCACAGUCAUAAUUCGUGGUCCCGCAUAGAUUAUCUUUUAGUGUCUCCUGACCUGUUCUCUAGAGUGGUGGAGUCAGAUAUCCACGUGAUGGUGAUUUCUGACCACUCUCCCAUUUCUAUGUCCCUUACAGAUUCCUUCCCAAGGGGGGCAGAUUUUCAAUGGCGAUUUCCGACUUAUAUGGCAAAGGAUGACAAUUUUGUUGACUCCCUGAAAAGCUGGUGGCUGGAGUUUACUUGGUCUAAUAGGGAACACUUCUCAGAUGCACCACUGUACUGGGAGUCGGCUAAGGUGGUUCUUAGGGGUCGUCUGCUGGCGUACAUGACCACGGUUAAAAAGAAAUCCCAGUACCACUUCCAGGAAGCUAGCAAAAAGCUCCAACAGGUCUACAUUGCAUACAUUUCUCAACCAUCAACAGCAGCUUGCCAGGCGUGGAAGGCGGCCAAGACCACGUUUGACCUUUGGUCUGAACGCAAAUGUAAGGCUGCAUACUCUCGUUUCCGUGCGGAAUUGUUCCGCUUUGGAAAUAAAUCGGGUCGUCUACUUGCACGUCUGGCAAAAGGGCGAUACACCCCGGAACACUUUUCUUCGUUGCACGAUGAUUCAGGAGGUAUUCAUACAGACCCCAAAUCUAUUAACUCAAUUUUUCAUUCCUAUUAUUCCUCCCUCUACUCAGCCUCCCCAGUGGACGUGGCUGCUGGUAGGACGUUUUUGGACUUGGUCCGAACACCAAAUUUGUAUUCUGAGAACCGAGAUGUCCUUAAUGCGGAUUUCACGGAAGAUGAGGUCCGCAGGACUAUCAAAAAUUUACACAAUUCAAAGGCACCGGACCCAGAUGGGUUCACGGGCGAGUUCUAUAAAAUCCUGGUGGACCAGGUGGUCCCUCCAUUGACGUCCUACUUUAAUCAUGUCCUACACUCUGGAUCUUUGCCUCUCCAUUCCAAUACGACCAUUAUCAAACUUCUGCUAAAACCGGGCAAGGAUCCCCUACUACCCCAGUCAUACCGUCCUAUCUCACUAAUUAACCAAGACAUCAAGUUGAUGUCUAAAAUUAUGGCCGAUCGCCUGAGCACCCUUAUGCCCGCACUUAUUGGUUCCUCUCAGGUGGGGUUUGUCCGGAAUAGGUCCGCAGUCACCAACAUACGCAAGGUUCUCGCUGUUCUAGACAGGGUGCAGCAAUGUCCCAAGCCGGGAGAACAGCUGGUGUUGUUAACACUGGAUGCUGAGAAAGUGUUUGAUAACGUGCGGUGGGACUGGCUUGGGAUGGUGCUGGAGAAGGUUGGGAUAAGGGGGAGUUUUCGGACCUUCUUAAAUGGUUUAUAUGCGGCUCCUGUAGCUAGGGUGUUUACAUCUGGAUUUUUAUCUCCCUCAUUCCCCAUCUUCAAAGGAACGAGACAGGGGCCCGCCACUUAGAAGACUCAGGGUCUAUAGGGGGAUCAAAGUCCAACGUGAGAGGAUAUUCUUAUUUUCCUAGCCGACCCAAAGGCCCAUUAUACUGCCCUAAUGUCUACCCUGUCCCACUUUGAGUCAUUUACGGAAUAUAAGAUUAACCAACAUAAAAGUGAACUAUUGCUGUUAGGACCACCCAGACCGGCCUCUUACUGGACCUCAAUUGGCAUACCGGAAGGUCUAGUGAGAUCUGCUAUAACAUACCUGGGGAUUAAAAUAGGUAAAGUCCCCUCUUCUCUUUAUACACUAAAUUAUCCACCACUAUUUAGAAGAAUACGCGAUGAGCUUGAGCGCUGGCACCACCUUCCCAUAACAUUUUUAGGUAAAUGCCAUUUAAUUUAAUUAAAAUGAUAAGCUUCCCGAGAUUGUUAUAUCAACUCCAGACCCUCCCGAUACUUCUGAAACACUCGGAUAUUACAUCUCUCAAUACGGCAUUCACGCGAUUCAUAUGGGCAGGGAAACGACUGUGAAUCUCUCUGCAAAAACUGAUGCUCAGCAGAGUGAACGGUGGAGUGGGUUUUCCCGAACCUACGAGGCUAUAACCUAGCCUGCCUCUUUAGACAUGUGCUGGAUUGGCUGUAUGACACUGAUUUCCACUCUAAUCAUAAGAUCGAAGCAGACUAUGCGCCCCUUUGGAAUCUCGUGUCUCGUCUGCAUGCACGGAUCGCGGGUCUCCCCACCUAUAUCAAGUGCUUACUCAUGGUUAGGGAUACUAUAUGACGUGGCGGGCACUACGCAAAGCGUACGGGUUACCUUUUCUGCUCUCUGGGAGGCUCAAUCUUUGGGGCCAUCCGGAAUUUACUCCGGGAAGGGAGAACAGAUUAUUUGAGGCCUGGCGCGCUAAGGGGGUGGAGGUGGCCAAACAGCUGAUGAGGAGAUGUAGAGGAGAGAAGGUGGCUGUUGCCCCACGAAAUUCUCCAGACCUUUGACCUACCUGCGACCCACUUCCUCCAGGUCUCUCAAAUACUGUCAUUUUGUACAUCGAGAUUGAGGGACCCCUCGCCUGAAGUAUCCCCUUCCCCAUUUGAAGACUUACUAGGCACACAACCCAGAAAAAUGUCCAUAUCCUCCCUAUACAGAACUAUUAAUGCCCGUUUGUUGAAGAUUUCUAAACACACUAUCUUUGCCAAAUGGGAGUCGAUUCUAAACUUCAGAGGCCAGGGAACACAUUCUGGAGGGAUGGUCGAGGGUAAGGGCCAACGUUAUCAAUGAACGCUGGCGAGAAUCGUUCUUUAAACUGAUGCAUCAUGGAUAUUUAGGUUUCAAUAUCCCUGCCUCCGCGGCAUUCCCUGAUAGAAUUACCGCCUGUCCUAAGUGCGGCCUGUCAGGGACUGACUUUUUUCAUGGCAUUUGGUCUUGCGAGGAAUCUAAACGCUUUUGGGGAGAGGUGGUGGACUAUAUUGACUGUCAUUGGAAAGUGGGACUCCCUGAGUCUCCAUUGACGCUUCUGUUUCAGUCUGUCGACCCGGCCACAGCAGAAAGGGCAGGUCUUAACAACAUCCCGAAAUUUGUACACGUCAUUCUGCUGGUUGCGAAACGUGUCAUCUUGCGGGAAUGGAUUAAACCGGCAAUGCCGACUAUAUCAGCAGUGAUCGAAGAAUUUAAAGACUUUCUGUAGGUGGACAGACUAGACACAGAAAGACACCAUGAACGCAAUGCAAAGAAAUUCUUUGCCAAAUGGAAGACCUUGAUUGCCCACUUAUCCAGGUCCCAAAUUGAAGCUAUAGUCACACCAUUUAGACACACGGAGUGGUACUCUCUUGCCUCACUCAGUGACACCUUAGGCCCUCUACGUCUCCCUGAUCGUUGAAAGGGAUGGUCCUCUGCCAUGGGUUUCUGCACUUUGUAUUGUCUCCCCCUUUACCUUUCUACUGCACUUUACUCAUACUCUUCACCGCGUGUUUCCUCUUCCCUCCUCCAUUUCUCCUUUUUUUUUUUUUUUUUUUUUUUUUUUUUGUAUAUAUGUGAGUCUGUAUGAGUGAUUAAUGGGUUGGCUUUCACACUUAAGUGACGUCAGACUGCCGCAUCUCCUGAUUGGCUCAUGUCGCUCUUGCUGGGCUUCUGAGAUUGAUGCUUCAGUGAGUGAUGUUUACUUGCCUCUACCUGAUCCUGUUAGUGCUUAUACAUCCUAUUAUACCUGUUUCUAUGGUUGAAUGAUUAUUUAGACAGCUAUCUCAAUUGAGCACCGUCAGACUGCCUCAUUGCUCAACUGUUUCAGGUUAUUAUUAAUGUACUUCAGCGAUUGCUAUUUAUGCGAGUGAUGCUUACUCACUUCUGCCUGAUCCUGUCGGUGAUUAUGCAUUCUGUCUUAUCUGUUUGUCAUUUAUAAAAAUGAAAAUCUUUAAUAAACAAAGUAAAAAAAAAAAAAAAAAUUAAUAAUGGUGUCAUUUUUACCGAAAAAUGCACUGCGUAGAAACGGAAGCCCCCAAAAUUACAAAAUUUAACUUUUUCUUCAAUUUUGUCGCACAAUGAAUUUUUGUUCUGUUUCGCCGUGGAUUUUUUGCCAAAAUGACUGUCACUGCAAAGUAGAAUUGGUGGUGCAAAAAUAAGCCAUCAUAUGGAAUUUUAUGUGCAUAAUUGAAAGCGUCCUUAAGGGGUUAAAAGUGAUCUGUAUAUAGGGACAGCAGGACACACACAUAAUGGGUCCCCUUCUUGUUUUACAGUGGACUCAAGCAAUGCCAUAGUUAAUAGGUUCACGAACACUUGCUAAAUUAAUAAUGAUAGAUGAAUGAUAGAUAUUUAUAGAAGAUAUAUCAAUACAAAGAAAUCAUACAAAAGCAAUAAUUUAUUUAGCUUUUUGUAUCAUCAGUUGGAGCCCUGUUUGUUCUCUGUUGUGGAAGCAAGGUGCUUAUUGUGGCUAUUACCAAGGUGACUUCUUUACUUUCUAUUGGAUAGCGAAAGAACAGACCCUAAGGAGAAAGAGAGUUUGACUUAAGAAAUAUAGAAAAUGGGACACAACUUCGAUAAAGAAUUGUAUAUAUCGAUAAACAUCGGUUUAUAUUAGAAAUAUAUUGGCCAAAACACAUCAAAAAAGAGGUCAUCAGUAUGAACAAAUAUAAAAAGUGUUGUAAACCAUUUGAUUGGCGUCUCAUUUACCUAACAACCGAGUGCCCACUAAUAGUAACACCUUAUAAAACUAUAUUAGAAAGUACAAACAAAAAAGAGGGGAUGUGGGCUCCUCCGGGUUUCACAAACAGUCUUAAAAGUUUUUGGGUCGUUUUUAUAUACCCUAUUUAUCGGGGUAUAACACGCACUGGCCUAUAACACGCACCCUCAUUUUUCCAAGCAAAUUUGGGUAAAAACGUUUUUUUACCCAAAUAUCCUUGUUAAAAUGCGGGUGCAUGUAUUCCCUGAUAAACUGUUUCUGUCCCCGCAGAAGCUGCUGCGGUUCAAUGAUUUACAGUGGCCGCUUUAAAUCAUGUAACUGCAGCGGCUUCUGCGGGGCCAAUUUAAUCCCUGCAAGUGAAGCAGCGGUAUUCCCUGGCAAGUGAAAGAUCUUGACUACAGGUCUAAGAAGUCCGGCUCCUGUGGUCACGAGCAAUUUGGACUGCCAUGCUUACAUGUGGCAGACUAUACAACAGGGAAUCAGGACGCCAUUCCUGGGCUGUGCGGACUGUGAACCAGUGUGACCCCCGUUGGGGAGCGCAACACAGGGAAAGGUACGACAUAAACUGUUUACACAGCUACAAAUGCUUGCAACCACUGAGCACUUUAUAUGGAUCAGGACUUUGACUGUAACCGGCAUGAUUGAGACCAGCCUAUUUGAUUUUAUUUUUUUGAAUUUUAAUAUUUUUCUUAUUAUUUUAUUUCUUUCCUCUUCUAGUUAUGAGUGCACUCUGAAUUGUGUUUGUAUUGUCUUUUAUGAUAAACAUCGAUUGAUAGAAGCCAUUAUUGCUGCAUAUAUUUCUUAUACUUAUAUAUUUAGAUUAUAUUUUUAUAUUUAUUACUAUCUAUAAUUCUUUUAAAAUCUACCCAAAUUAUUUUAAAGGG